GCAGCAGCGCAGCAUCCCGCAUCACUCCGAAGGAUGCUGGCCACCAUGACUGAAAAAACACACACGCAUCCACGUACGGCCGACGAGGUGGAAACAGCGAUGUAGCUUUGAAGAUGCCAUCCUUUUUCGUCUCUCGUUUUCUCUUCUUUAUAUUUUUGGGCGCUUUUAAAGGGACGGCUGGCAAAUCGAUCCCCGAAAAGGAAGCUCUCGAGGUGCAGGUGAGGGUCCAGGUGUUUGACAGCGGUGAUCUUUCACCCCUGGCCAAUGCUGCCAUUGCCGUUCACGGUAACCAGACCCUGCUGGCACAAAGCAAAGCAGGCAGUGAUGGCGUGCAGGUCGUCAGCUUCCUGUACCGCACGGGAACAUGGGUAAUCAUUACAGCAUCUCAGAGAGAUUACCUCACCAGCUCAGUGCCAUGGCACGCCAGCCGUUUACCCUUAUAUGCUUCUGUCAGUCUUUACCUGAUGGCCCAGAAGCCCGGCACACUGAUCCUCUACGAUGAUGUCAUCCAGGUGUUUCAUGGCUCCCCAAGUGGGCGGAGCCAGCCAUGGCUGCAGGUUCCAAGGCGGAGCCUACAGUUUAACUCCUCUUACACGGAACUGACCGCAGUUUUAACAACAGCCAGGGAGCAGAAUGAAAUUAACUCAUUCCCUUACCCACUCGCUCUGGAACCGAACAACACAGGAGGAGAGAAUGGCUGGACAGACCUAACAACAAUAGCAGCGGUCAGUGCACAACUUUUUGACCGAGAGGGUCGAGCGGUUGAGGUCAGCGAGCCGGUUCACAUCUCUGUGCCACUGCCUUCUGAUACCCACAUACGAUCUGCCACCAGCAUACCUGUAUGGAUGUAUGACACCAAGACAGGAUUAUGGGUACGAAACGGAACAGGAUUUAUCACUCGAGAAGGAUCGCAGUUCACGUGGGACUUCACUGCCUCCCAGCUUGGUUACUGGAUUGCAGCCUUCCGUUCUUCAGCAGGCUCAGGUUUGUCUCACCCAGGCCUGAGGGACAUCACUGCCUACCACACCUUCUUCCUCUUGUCCAUCUUGGGAUCUCUCGCUUUGCUUGUACUAGUCUUGCUCUGUGUCCUACUCUAUUAUUGCAGACGAAGAUGUCUGAAGCCCCGAAGGCAGCAGAAACAGGUUCAAGCUCCAUCUGCUCUGAACGGAUCUAAGCGGGACCAAGGCACCUCCAUGUCCCACUUGAACCUCAUUUGCGGAGGACAUGCUGAAUCCGCUGCCUCCAAUGGCAACCUAGACGCCAACAAACCCGAGGGAUCCCCAUCCCAUGCCUUCAAGAGUGCUCGGGAUGAGUUUACCAGGCACAUUCCUGCCCAUAAGCUUCGGCAUUCCUCUAAGACCAAGCAGUCUAAAGGAGCCCAAAAGAAUGCAGAGAGUUUCCCAAUGAAGGUACAUCGAUCUACGGAUACGAGCAAUCUGGAUAGCAAUCUUCUACAUGAUGACUAUGGACGCAACUAUAACACUGACGACAAGGAUCACGACUAUCGCCGGAGGCACGUUGUGAAUGAUAACCGAGGCUACACAUCCGACCCACCUUCUCCACCAAUUGUUGACAAGCCACCGGAGUAUUCACAGGUUUUGCAAGGGCCGGAUCACCUCGCUCGCCCAACGUCGCUCAACACGCAACCAGGUCAGAUUAUAUUCUGCAGCUCGCUGGAUCAGAUGAAGGAGAACAUGUACCGCACCAUGGUGCCAACUCUUGUGAUCCCGGCCCACUACAUGAGGCUUUCAUCCGAGUUCGGUGCCACGGAUCAGGGUAAAGAUGGGGCCAACCAAGCAGACCGAGAUGGACAGAGUUCGCAAGGUGCCAACUGUGGGAUUCAAGGCCAGAACCACCAAAACCAAACCCCCGGUGCAGGCCAUGCAGAAGCCCAGCAAGGUGAUUCUCCAGCAGGCUCCGACGAGAGCGUUUGGCCCCCCGGUGGACCGCCGGCUCCGGUUCACAUCCCUGUUUUGUUCAAUGACUCCACCAUCUCUCAGAUGAACGGCGAGCUGCAAGCACUCACGGAGAAGAAGCUUCUGGAACUGGGGGUAAAGCAACACCCCCGUGCCUGGUUUAUUUCUCUCGACGGACGCGCCAACGCUCACGUGCGCCACUCGUACAUAGACGUAGGUGCCGAUCUCAGCCACAGUGGGACACAUAGUGGCAACCACAGCGCGCAAAGCACGUUGAGCGCCCCUGCCGGAAGUAGUAAGGACCGAAACAUAGAAACAAGUCUCCAAGACACCCAACAUGAGCGCAAGUCUGCAUCCAGUCGCAAGAACAAAGAGGAACACCACGGAAGUGGGCGUAAGGGCCAUGGAGGUACAAGUGGCGGAAAACACUAUUCCAAACCAACCUACCAUGACCCUCUGGACCUAAGUGGAGGAGUGAGCCGCAUGGGUGCCAGUUCGCCUUUGGAAAACCCAUUGACCCCUCUUUUGGAUGAUGGUCCAGAGGAACCAAGGGUUUCUUCAAUACCGAGAAGGGGUCGAAGUCGGGGAAACAGCUCGCGGAGUAGCAACAGCGAAACGCAGCGUGACUCCGUCACCAGCCCAGAAGAUGACAACGACCUGGAUGACAAGGAUGAGAACAAGAAGAGUCCCUGGCAGCGCAUUGAAGAGCGCCCCCUAAUGGUGUUUCACCCCAAGAAGUAAAGUGAGAAAUCAAUCCCAGCAGCUGCCUUGAACAAUUGGACUAACUAGAGAUGUGUUCAAAUUGAUAACAACAUCAUCCGAUGAUAUUUUCACGGACCAAUCAUGUGCGUUAGAAUCUGAUAGACAUUUCCAAAAUGUUGUGCCAUUGGCUUUCUAUGACAACAUGCUUUUUUUCUGAUCAAUUUGAAUGCAUCUCAGGGGUCAAAGAACACAAUUUUGGUGGCAUCAUACCAUCUCAGUGUUUUGCACACCAAUAAUUACAUUAUAUUCAAGACUAGUUAUAGUAGAAAGAAUGCCAUUGCAGAUGGAGGAACACAAGAUACCAAACAACAGGGCGAGUGCAUUAAAAUAAAGCACAACACAACACGCUGGUCUACAACAGGAAGACUUUAUCUUACAGUCCCUCUAUUUCCGUACCAAUCAGACAAGCAUACAAAUGCUUGCAUCCACAAGUACCUGAGUACCUUUCUUUCUUGGCUUGGUGAAAGUCUUUUUCAAUAGACGGCUUUCGCUAAAGCUUGAGUUUUCAAUAUGUUGGAUCAAGAACUUGAUGUUUUCCAAAACUUCAUGUAAAAGACCCAUUUUCUUAUGUUCUGAUGCAGUAUAUUCCUUGGUAUCUCUUCCCAACUUGCCGUUCUUCUACCUUCGAUACUCCUUAUUUUGAUGUCAAUUCCUCAUUCAAUCUUUCAUACUAUUUUGUAUGUUUUGUGCAUUGCUAAUCUGAAGUUUACAGUUCAGGUUUCAGACAUUCCAGAUUUUUUACUGUUUGUCCUUAAGUAGACUGAUUAAAUGAACAAGUUCACAUUUACGUGUGAUGUGAUGUUAUAGCAAUUUCUAAGUCAUUAUUACACGAUGCAUUUUAGAUUUAUUGUAUUAUAUAUGUUAUGCCAUACCACAUUUUCCACACCAGUGCUGUUCUUGAAUCUAGUCUUUGAAAAUGUACUUGUUGCUUCAAAGUGCAGAUUUGCGUAGGAAAAGCUGAUUCAGAAUCGAAGCCCAGUCUCACUGAAUGAAAAAGCAUUGACUGCGAUACAGUAGAUAUGAAUGUACGUUCCCCCACGGUUAGCAUUUUCAGUCCAGCUAUUAAUUUGUUUAAAAGAGAGCCACUAGCAUUUUGUGUAUAUGUAUGAUAGCCUAUAUGUGCAUGAGAAAACUAGUAUAGGACAACAGAUUUUUUUAUGCCUACAGACUAAAAUAGACACUAUCAAAGCAUGAAGGUGGAUAAUAGAUGCAUCUGAUAGCGAUGCCUGAUGGGAAGAAGUUUGCCAAAAUUUCAAAUGAAAUAUUAUAUGCCAGUUUACAGGCCAGUGUUUGGCUAAUGUAUUUCCAUCCGAACUUUUCCAGCGCUGUUAAUAUUCACAUUGCAUUGACUGUGACGACAUUUUAAUAAGCCAUUAAAAGCUAUUCGUUUAUGACACUUCCUAACUGUUACUUUUCUAUUUACGGGUUCUAAAAGUAUUAUUUUUCCCAUGUUUAAUUCCCUGUCAUUAAAGCAAGCACAAGGCAUGUCACUUUUAAAGCAACAUUUUAUGAAUAAUCAAGACAGGGUACCAUAAGGAGCGUGAGGGCUGAGACACUCGAGAGCUAUUUGACGACUAUCAAGCAUAAUACAAAGAGACUUUAGCUAAAAUAGCUCCGCUCAUGCUGAUCUGGUGCCAAUCACAUGUAGAGCAGUGAUUAACGCUGUCUCUUGUGAUGAUUGUCAACUUGCCACAAAUGACACCACUGUUGCAACAUGUCUCAUAUGUGUGUCAUUUGUUUUGCAACCUGUCAUAACUUCCUUAUAAUAACUGAAUCGAAUAUAACUGGAGAUUAAGUACUGGAUUAUUUUAUACAAAGUUGGUGUUUAAGAGCGAGACUUAAGCUAGUGUAAGCUGUAGUGGUGGGAUUUUUAAGAGGAUUUUAGUAUGUUUUAUAUUAUAUACUAGGUGCUGAAACCCUUAAACCUUACAUAGUGACCCACAUUUUCACUGAUUUUAGAUUUGCACACUCUUUUCAGCAUGAGUUUCGCUCAAAACGACUAGAACUGAAAUCAAAGCCAUUCUCUUCCUCCGUCUUGUUUAUAUUUUGUUCACAGCCUGUGGGUAAUUUACACAGGAAAUCUCGAUAUGCCUUUGUCGAUGUACAUUUAUCACGUGAUGUGGUGCUCUGAAACACAUUUCCCUCUGUACUGUGUAAAUAUUAAUGACUGGAUAUGAAUAUGACUCUGAUGAUAUUAUGAUGUGGUUUCCAUUGUGCACAACGGCUUUGCUUAAUUGUUCUAAAAUCAUGUCCGAUGGAACUUUUGCAAUUUUAUAAUUUGUUCAUAAUAUCCUAGAGAAAAAAAAAAAUCACAUGUGAAAUGGACUGUUUCACUUCUGACGUGUCCGAAAGUCAUGUGUUGUACAAUAAAGAAAUUCCAUUUCUC